AGUCUCUCUCUUCUCUUCUUUUCUCUCUCUGUCCUUCUUAAACAACAACAACCGCCUUUAUUACACAAAACUUUAUUACACAAAACUCUCUUAUAAUCUCUCUCACCAUUUCUUCUCUUCUCUUCAGAAGAAAGAAAGAAACUCAUAAAGGAGAACAAAAGAGUUUUAGAUAGAGAAACUCUUUCUUUCUCUUACUAUAGAGCUAGAGUUCUGUCUGUGAAAACACACAAAUCUAAGAGAGUUAUGAAUAAACAAGAUGUUAUGAAACUUCAGACUUGUGUUCUGAAAGUGAACGUACACUGUGAAGGGUGUAAGCAUAAAGUGAAGAAACAAUUGCAGAAAAUCGAAGGCGUUUACUCUGUAAAAGCAGAUGUAGAACAGGGGAGAGUCACUGUUACAGGGAACGUUGACCCAGCUCUUCUGGUUAAGAAACUCAGCAAAUCAGGCAAACAUGCCGAGAUCUUGGGCGGUGGUGGAGGAAAGGGCUUUCCUAAUCUGAAUGGGCAAACAGAUGCCAAAAGUAGUGGGUGGGGCCUUCUAGGGUUUUUCAAAAAGGGUAAAAGUGGAAAAGGAGAUGAGAAGAAGGGCGCUGGGAAGAAAGAAGGUCAUGGGGGUAAUAAGGUCAAAUCUCUUGGUGGGGGAGGAGGAGUUCAGCAUUAUGAUAGUGGGCCUAAAAAAGGUGGAGGUGGGUCCAAAGGAGGAGCCCAUGGAGGUUUUGAUAUUGAUGAGCUCAUGAAACACAGUAGUAAAGGAGGAGGAGGAGGAGGUAACAAGGGCAAUCAUAAUCAUAGCGCAAAAGGUAUUGGUGGCCCAAUGGGUCCAGGUGGUCCAAUGGGUCAAGGUGGUCCGAUGGGUCCAGGUGGUCCGAUGGGUCCAGGUGGUCCGAUGGGUAUGAUGGGUCCAGGUGGUCCGAUGGGUCCAAUGGGUGGCCAAGGCGGCUCUUACCAAGCGGUUCAAGGCUUGCCGAUGAGUGGAGGAGGAGGAUAUUAUCCAGGGCCACCUCAGGCAAGUCAUCAAAUGAACCAACAACAAUAUAUGCAAAUGAUGAUGAACCAGCAGCAACAACAACAACAAGCUGCAGCUCAUGGAGGCUAUGGCGGUGGUCACGGUGGAGACAUGUACCAUCCGAUGAUGUACGCUAGGCCUUAUCCUGCAGUUAAUUAUGCUCAUCCGCCACCGAUGCCGCCUCCUCACUCGGAUUCUUACACUCAUAUGUUCAGCGAUGAGAAUCCAGGUAGUUGUAGUAUUAUGUGAUCAUCUUAUGUAAUGUUAAUUAGAAUAUGGACAUGAAUGUUUGUCUUAGUCUUAUGUUUCUAUUUUUUGGGGAUGUCCUUAUCUUUUUUUCUUUGGAGGAUUGGAAACAAAAUAUGCUUUAAUUUUGUUAGUGGAAUGAUGUUUAUAAUAUCUCGAUUUCGGAAAAA